GAGCAAAGGAAAAGCACCUGUCAUGGAAAAUGUGGAGAGAGAGAGAGGCGCUCCUGAGCGUCUCCUGCGAACUUUACUUAUCUUCCGCCACAAAAUCAGCAAUUAAGGAGACUCGGGCACGGUUGUGUUUUAACCACGAAGCAGAGUACAGCUGUGUGUACCUACCCGGUGGUGUGAUUGUGAGCGCGCGGUGAGCUCGCGUGCUGCUGGUAUCACUUUUGCCUGUCUUUUCUCUCGGGAGUGAGUUGCGAGUCGUAUAGUGGCUGUUCUCCGUGGACUUCUACCAACAGUGACAUCUCGAUGUAAAAGUGACUCGAUUGAGCCAGUUCACCUGCACUAAGGGUUCUUGGAUACAGACGCCAUGCCAGAGGCUGUUGACAUGAUAAACCUGGGCUUCCUGUCUGAAUCCGAGCGGGAGCUGAUCCUGGAGGUGCUGCGACGAGAUGAGAAGCUGAGACAGGCUGAGGACCAGCGUGUGCGGAAGUUGAAGACAGAGCUGCAGGAUGUUAAGAGGAAAGGGGCCAAACGUGCCAGUGAAAAAUACAGUCAGCAUAGCUGUGGCCGAUGCCUGGAGCCUUUGAGCCGACUGACUGUUUUUUCCAGCCAGUGUAAGAUGUGCAAUCACGUCGUAUGUCGCAACUGCCGGAUGGUCCUGCCCGAUGGAUCCUGGCUGUGCAACGUGUGUGCCAAAGAAUCUGAUGUCAAGAAAAGAACGGGUGACUGGUUCUACAAUCAGCGGGUCAACCGUUUCUCUACAACACCUGGGCAUGACCUAGUGAGAGUCUCCCUGAGAAAGAAGCAGCCAUCGAAGAAACGAGAGACAGCAGGUGAAGUCCUGUUGAGUAGUUCUGAAAUAAAUUCAGGUCCUCCUAAGUAUCCGUCUCUGACGAAGCAGAAACUUCAGAUGGUUGACAACAGUAAUUCAAGCAGUUAUAUUGGAUCCAUCACUUCAAGGGCAUCAUUGGAAUCAAAGGAGGAGGAAGAAUUAAAGGUCCAAUCAAACUCAAAUCGCAGUGACACGGAGUCUGUAGAAAGUUCCAGUAUAGCCAGCGUUAAAACUGAGACGGAGUCUGGCCGUGUGACCCCCGAGCCUGAGCAACCAAGGAAGGAGAACAGCUUUGUUCGAACCAGCCCAGUAGGAUCCAGUAAUUCCAGUCUGACUGUCUCCAUCAAAGCAGAUACUGUCAGCAGUGAAACCACCAACGCAGAGAUCAACACUGCCCCAGAAGUAAAAUCCUCCACUGUAAACCCAGAGCUGGAUGUUGAUAGACUCUUUAAGAAGAGCAUCAAGCGAGGCACAAAACCUGCAGAGUAUGCAUCAACACUGGACCUGCGUAAUGAACGUGACACAUCAGAGGCAUCACUGGGCAAAAGGAGCAGAUCUGUACCAGGCUUGGAUAUACAGGAAGAUGAAGAAGAGGAAGAAGAUAUCGACAGCUUGGUUAGCUUUCAUAGAAGAACGAUGAACUCAAAUUCCUCCAGCCUGCGUGGCUCAAAGAGCACACUGGGCAGCAUGAUGAGCCUUUACAGUGAAGCUGGAGACUUUGACAGUGUGGAGGUGAAGGGAGAUGUUGUGUUCUCUGUAAGUUACGACGAGAGCAGCCAGAGCCUCCAGGUCUUCAUCAAGGAGUGUCAUCAGCUGGCUUAUGGCGAUGCUGCACGGAGUGUCUGCAACCCCUAUGUCAAAUGUUAUCUGCUCCCUGACAAAUCUCGCCAGAGCAAAAAGAAAACCAGCACCAAGAGAAACAUUAUAAACCCAGUCUACAGUGAAACUUUAAAGUACUCUAUCAACCGCUCUCAGUUGUCCACUCGCUCCCUCUCGAUAUCAGUCUGGCAUCAUGGUCGCCUCAGCCGCAACGCCUUCUUGGGAGAGGUGGAGAUCCCCUUGGACUGCAGAGACCUCGACUCCCCACAGGAGGAGCGCAUGGCUCUCCUGGCAAAGGCAGCCUCUGUUGUGCCACCUUCAGCUUUUGCUCAGUACAAAGGGGAAUUGAUUAUCUCCUUGAAGUUUGUCACACCUAAAAAGCAAACAGCUGAGAAAACCAAAGACAAAAAAGCCAGGGUGGAGGAAGGAGGAGAGCUGCAUGUCCUAAUAAAGGAGGCAAAGAAUUUGAUGGCAAUGAAGUCAGGAGGCACAUCGGAUAGCUUUGUGAAGGGCUACCUGUUCCCAACUAAGGCAAAGAACUCAAAGAGGAAGACUCCAGUUAUGAAGAAGAGCCUGAACCCCCACUACAAUGAAACAUUCGUGUACAAGGAGCUGACUCUGGAGCAGCUGAAGGAGAUGUGUCUGGAGCUGACUGUGUGGGACAAAGAGUCCUUGCACAGCAAUGAAUUCCUGGGAGGUGUCCGCCUCAGCUCCGGAGAAGGCACAGUAAAGGUGGGCAAAGAGGAGGUGGAGCUGGACUCGGUUGGAGAGGAGAUUAGUCUCUGGCAGAAGAUGAUGCAGUACCCGGACUCAUGGGCAGAGGGCACUCUUACACUGCGUUCCACUAUGGGGAAGGCGAAGGGCAAAUGAGGACAGUACACGCCUGAGAUGAUGAGAAGCGGUGUCCUGUGAGACUAACAUGGGAUUGUGGAUUAAUUUUAUUUUCUCAAGCUUGUCACACCAGAGCAGGCCGGUCUCUUGAAGUGAGCGGUCACCCAGUUUGUUGUCGUGACACUCCACAGCUGCUCACACCUGCUCUCUCUGCACGGGGUUCAUCUUUAACACGGCCCCCAAACUGCAGAUGGGUGUUAACCUUUUGGAAGCGUGCCAAAGCAUCACCACAACAGAUUUAUUUUGUUAAAACAGUCACUUUUUUAAAAAUUCAAACUGUAUAUAUAUUCUAGCUAUUCAAAAUCAUGCACAGCACUUGGCAGUUUCUCACAGUUCUCUUUAUUUGUGUCGAGAUGCAUACUGGUGUGGGAAAACAAUUUGAAACAAACUGGUUAUGCAGUAUUUCAGCUGUCGCUUCUAAGAAAUUCUGCUUUAUUUAAUCCAUACCAGUGCAUUUACAUUACUAUUUGUAUAACUUGCAUGAGAAGUUUUUCAAUAAAGAACAUUUUAUCUUUGGUAA